AUGUGGAAGAAGUCAAAGGUGACGGAUCAAACUGCCGCUGGGCAGACGGGCAUCAAGAAGAAGUCGAAGGUGCCUGGUGUCAUGAUAACGCAGUUUCUGGAGGAACUUCCGGAGGAUAUGACAACUCCAGAUUUCACCCGCAAACCCAUUGCUCUGACUAUUCAAGAGGGUAAAUAUGCCGUCUUUAAAGCCAUAGUAGUGGGCACCCCGACGCCAAUUGUAACGUGGGGCAAAGCAAAAGGAGAAAUACAUUUUCACCCCGACCUGUGCCUGCAAAAGUACGACGAGGCGUCUCACGAACACACCAUCGAGUUUCCCAAGGUCGCCCCAGAGGACGCUGACACCUACAAGUGUUUUGCCUCAAAUGAAUAUGGAAAGGCUGUUUGCACCGUUGUCUUGAAUGUUAUUCAGGUUGGAUUCUCUAAGAGCAAGGAACUUCAAAAGAAACCGGGUGAAGAUACAAAGGACCUCAGAAAAAAGCUUAAAACACGCAAAGCUGACGGAACACGUGAGGAGAAGCCGAUGGAGCCCGAGGAGAAGGUCUGGGAGAUUCUCCUCAGUGCCGACAAGAAGGACUACGAGCGCAUUUGUUCGGAGUACGGCAUCAAGGACUUCCGCUAUAUGCUGAAGAAACUCACGGAAAUGAAGAAAGAGAGAGAGGAAGAGAUCGCAGAGUUUGUGACACACAUCAGUACACUGAAACACAUUGAAGUCAAUGACAACGACUGUGCAACAAUUGAGUUGGACAUGGACCUCAAGGACCCUACCAGCAAACUGUUCCUGUACAAGGACGGCGUCAUGGUUCCAUUCACCAUCGAAGACAGCGAGUCAAUGAAGCAUAACUUGAAACAAGUUGGCAAGAAAUAUGUGUUCACAAUUAAAAAUCUAGGUUCAGAAGAUGCCGGACUCUACUCGGUGGAUGUUGGGGGCAUCAAUGUGUUCUCCACAGAUUUUAAAGUGCCCGAAGUUGACUUUGCUGUCAAAAUACAAGAAGUUAAAGCAGACGAACGAGAGGACGCCCUCUUCCAAUGUGUCCUGACUGCACCGAUGAAUGAGCUCAAAUGGGUGGGCAAAACCACGCCGCUGUCAAAUAGCGAGAAAUUUCAAAUCACCGUAUCUGAAGAUAAGCUCAUCCACAAGUUGAUGGUGCGGGACUGCUUGCCUCUGGACACCGGCAUCUAUGCUGCUGUGGCAGGAAUCAAAUCCUGCAAUGCCUGGCUUGUAGUUGAAGCUGACAAGGAUCCUGCCAACAAGGGCAAGAAGGCCAUUCGCAAAACGACUAUGGCCGGAGGCGGUAAUGACGAAGAACUGAUGCAAAUAGCUAAGGAUCAACAGGAAAAGUAUCAGAAAGAAAUGGGAGAAAAAAUGGAAAUUGCCAAGAAGGCUCAAGCAGAGCGAGAAGUGGCAGAAGCAGCUGCCAAAGUGGAGGCUGAAGCAGCGAAAAAAAAGGCAGCGGCAGAAGCAAAAGCUGCGGCUAAGACGGCGGCUAAGGCAAAGAAGGAUGCAGCUGCCAGGAAGAGAAUGGAAGCCGGUGGUGCUGAUAGUAGCGGAGGCACUGGCGGAGCAGGUGGUGCAGGGGGGGCAGGGGCUGAUGGGACUGAUGGUGGUGCCGGUGGAGGAGCAGAUGGAAUUGCAGCAGGAGCUAAGAGGGGAGCUGGAGGUGGAGCCGGAGGUGGUGGGGGUGAUGGUUUGGGAGAAGAAGACUAUGAUUCAUUUGAAGAUUCUGAUUUGGAAGGAGAGGGAGAGGGAGGUGGCAAAGGAGCUAAAGGUGGCAAAGGAGUGGGAGGAGAAGGAGAAGGAGGGAGACGCAAGAAACGUGAAAGAGCUGGUCCUCUUGUUCCAGAUACAGUGAUAGAUCCAGGAGUUCACUUUCAUGCUGGGCUUUCUGACUGCAACGCCAUUAUUGGAGAAGCCGCAGAGCUGGAGUGUAAAGUGAGCAGGGAAGACUGUGUGGGAAUCUGGUACAAAGACGGGGAAGAGAUUCAAUCAUCUGAGGAUAUAACCAUUUCAAAAGAUGGAACUUUCCACAAGCUGAAAAUUCACAAAGUCACAGAGGAAUUUGCUGGAAAAUAUAGAUUUGAAGCAGAUGGACGGAAGACGGAGUCCAUGAUUGUUGUUGAAGAUCCACCGAGGUUUCCUGCUGAGGACCUGGAAGCAUUUAAAACCCCCAUAACAGUGAAAAAAGGACACAAAGCUACCUUCAAACUACCUUAUAUUGGACGGGAACCUCUAAAAGUUCAGUGGUACCUUGAUGGUGAAGAGCUUUCGGAGGAAGCAACUAUCAAGUUAGAUAACUCAGAGGGUUGCAGCCGUCUGCUUCUAACCAAGCUCCAGCGCAAGGACAGUGGGGAAGUCAAGCUCAAAAUCAAAAAUGAGUUUGGCACUGUUGAGGCCUUCACCCAACUUAUUAUACUGGAUAAGCCCACUCCUCCAUUGGGACCUCUGGAGAUCGUGGAAGCCUCCUCCUCUGCACUGGAAUUCAAGUGGAGGUCCCCGAAAGACAACGGGGGCUGCAAGAUAGGCAACUACAUCCUUGAGCGACAACAAGUUGGCCGCAACACCUGGAAGAAAGUGGGGCCAAUUGGUCCAGAGGCCAAAUACAGGGACACUGAUGUAGAUCACGGCAGGAAGUACUGCUAUCGCAUCAGAGUGGAGACUGAAAUGGGCACCAGUGAGCUGAUGGAAACCGAGGACAUUCAAGCCGGAACAAAAGCAUACCCUGGACCUCCAUCAGCACCGAAGGUUGUAACUGCCUUCAAGAACUGCAUCAACCUCUCUUGGUCUCCUCCAUCCAACACUGGAGGAACCAAUAUUCUGGGAUACAACCUUGAGAAACGCAAGAAGGGCAGCAACCUGUGGGGCCCAGUCAAUUCACUUGAUGAGAUGAUCAAAGAGAAGGGAUGUGGAGUUAAAGACGUGGUCGAGGGCGUGGAGUACGAAUUCCGUGUUUCAGCAAUCAACAACUCUGGAGCGGGUGAAUUCAGUACGCCAUCUGAGUUUGUGUUUGCCAGAGAUCCUAAAAAGCCUCCUGGUAAAGUCUUAGAGUUCAAAGUGACAGAUUCCACCUACAAAACCCUGUCCCUGUCUUGGACCAAACCCAAGGACAUUACGGGGGUUGAGGAUGAAGCCAAGGGAUAUUUUGUGGAGAUCAGGCCCGCAGAGAGCACAGAAUGGGACCGCUGCACUUCAAACGCAAUAACCAUGACUUCCUAUACAGUGAAAGGCUUGAAGUCAAUGGGCAUGUACUGGGUGAGAGCCAUAGCUACUAAUGAUGGAGGAGAGGGAAAGUCACAGGAGCUGGAUAAUUACAUCCUCGCUACGCCCCCCCCUGUGAGGCCAAGAUUCACAGAUGCCAAAAUCAAGAGUUUCAUGGUGGUGAGAGCAGGAAAUUCUGCCCGAUUCAACAUUAACUUUGAGGCCUCUCCUUGGCCCGAUGUCACCUGGCUGAAAGAUGGAUCGCCAGUUUCUAAAAAGGUGACCAUCAGCAAUACAGAGGGAACAUCCCAGCUGCUGAUUCCUUCCGCUGAGCGCUCAGAUACUGGAAUCUAUACCAUCAUUGUCAAGAACAUUGUUGCCCAGGAAUCAUUUAGCAUUGAAAUAAGAGUCACAGAUGAGCCAAAGCCACCAGGUCCUGUAGAGACUGACGAAAACGUGCCUGGCACAGUGACCAUUUCGUGGACCCCAUCACCAGAUGAGAAACGUGACGACAGGCUGCACUACAUGGUGACCAAGCGGGACUCAAGUAAAAGCACAUGGCAAACCAUUGCAGACCACAUCUUCAACAAUAGAUUCACAGUCUGCAACAUAAUGCCGGGCAGAGAAUACCAGUUCAGAGUCUACGCAAAGAAUGACAUGGGCUCCUCUGAGCACGCCGAAUCACCAAAGUGGCUGAUUGCUAGCAAAAAAGAAAAGUUCACUGUGAACAUGCCAGAAACAAAGGCAUGUGAUCUACGGUGUCCUCCUAGGUUCCUCGUCCCACUGAAAUUGCACACUGCUCCUCAAGGGUAUGAGUGCUAUAUGAGCUGUGCUAUCAAAGGGGAUCCAACACCUCAUGUCACCUGGCUCCGCAACAAUAUCAGUCUGAAUACCAACACUAACUACUUCAUCUCCAACACCUGUGGAGUCUGCUCACUACUCAUAUUGAGGGUUGGCCCUAAAGACACCGGGGAGUACACGAUUGUUGCAGAAAGCUCCAUGGGGAGGGUCGAGUGCUCCACUAAACUGAUAGUCAGAGAAUAAAUGAACACACUGAAUAUGGAAGAAUUGCUCCGAAAAUGCUUAGAGAAACCAAUUAGUUGGCAAUUCACAUAUUGUCAAAUGUAGAAUUAAUGAUUAUUUAAUGUUGCCGUGAUACUUUCCUUACAGGUCAUUAACUACUUGACUAAUUUCUAUACAGGCUGCCAUUUAUUAAUAGUUAAACUCACAAUAAAGUCUUAGAGAUGCAAAUUGUGUUGAAAUAAAAGCCACAAACUUGG